CAAGCAAAGGCAUAAAUGAGCAACAAAAACAUGCUGUGGCAACGGAUCGUUGGGGUGCUGCUGCUGCCGCUGCUGCUGCUAUUGUUAUUCUACACGCCGACAAACUUUGUGGUGCAAGCAGCAUGCCCCAAAAAAUGCAGUUGCAAGAACAUUUCGGAAAAUAUUGAAAAGUUGCGUGUGCGCUGCGAUGAACAACAAAUUAUUAACUGGCAAGAAUUCGAUUUCGGCGAUGAUGUGCAAAAUAUAAUAAGCAUAAAUGCGAGCAAAAAUUCUAUAGCGCAUAUAGACGAGUCGCACUUUAAAAGUUUUACAGAGCUAAAGCGCUUGGAUUUAUCGUCAAAUCUGUUAACUGAACUGGAUAAGCAAACAUUUGGCAAUAGUUUAUUAAAUGUGGAACGCUUGCGCUUGGCAAAUAAUACUAUAAGUCAUAUAUAUGAAGGUGCCUUUGAGCAAAUGCCCAAGCUAAAACAACUUGAUUUGUCCAGCAAUCCCUUGGCUUGUGAUUGUGGUCUCAUCUGGCUUAUAGCCUGGUCCAAUGCGCAUGAGGUGCGUCUGUAUCCAGCGCCCAAAUGUGAUUCCCCCAUCAAUUUUCGUGGCAUGCCGCUAAAGAAACUCAAAGUGGGCAUUGACUUUAGAUGUGAAUCGUUGCUGCAGCCGUUGCUGGAGCUGGUGCCCAAACAGAAUCAGAUUGCUUUUGAGGGCGAUGAACUGCAACUGAAGUGCUAUGCACCACGCGUAGCCAUUGGAGCACCACGUGAAUCGGAGGAUUUACCCACGCGCGCUUAUGUCUUCUGGGGCUGGUCGGAUAAGAUACGCGCCAACAACUCAACGGAUGAUAUAAUCUAUCGUGAUCCAACCAAAGUAUUUAAUGAUGUGCAGCUGGAGACGCCGCGACACUCAACAGACUCGGGCAUACUGAAUUCAAUUCUGCGCAUAGCCAGCCUGACACAGAAUCACACUGGCAUGUGGGAUUGCACGCUGCGCAGUCAACAGGCGAACCUAUCACAGGCGAUGGUGCUGCAUGUGAUAGCCAAGGGCACGUUGUACUGCGAAUCGCAGGUGAGUCGCACCAACAAAGGUGUUUACCAUUGGCCGCGCACCAUGCGUGGCGAGACGGUGCAACAGGCGUGUGUGGAGCAGCCCAGCGAUGUGGCGCAGCAACAGCAGCGCAAGGCAACCCAUGACUGCGGCAGCGAUGGACAGUGGCAGCAAUUGAACACCGAGAGCUGUGUGUAUGUGAGUGAAACGACGCGCAUCUUUGAGCAGUUUGCCAAAGUGAAUUUGACGCUGACAAAAGGACAGAACGCUCUGGAAAUAGCGCGACGCUUGCACAAUUUUACGCAAAUACAAACGCAGCUGCAUAAGAUAAAGGAUGCCAUGGACUUGGAGUACAUAGCGCGCACUCUACUGAAGUAUACAAAGCAGCUAGACCUGGGCACAGCGGCGCCUGCGACGGCUACGGCGACAGACACAGCACAGCAGCAGGAGUUAGCCUAUAUAUUAAUGGAUAUAGUAGCGCAGUUGCUAAACCUACCGCUGAGUCUUUUUGAGGCAGCGCAGCGUGCACAGCAGACAGGCCACAAACUGUUGCACAUAGUCGAGCAAACCGCUUUGAGUUUGAGCAGCAGCCAAAGCGCAAAUAUAUACAGCGCCCGCUUUGAUAUGCAGCUGCCGGAGUUCGCCAGCUUGAGCUGCAUUUGGCUUGCCACACGUGGACUGCAAUGCAGCAGCGCCAACGAGAGUGUGCCCAUGUAUGAGCUGGGCCAGCUCGAUGCGGCCAUACAGCUGCCACAACAGCUGCUGCUAGCCAAUGCCAGCGAAUCGGCCAACAUGCUGCAGCUGCUGGUAAUGUUGCAAAAGCAAGGCAAGCUGAUGCCACAGCUAGCAAAUGCCAGCGAACUGUUGAGCUCGCACAUAAUCAGCGCUCAUCUAUACGAGCAGGCGCAGCAGCUGCAGCUGGAGUUGACGCCCGCGUCCAGAGUCAAUCUUAUGCUCAAAGCAUAUCCUUAUCAUCAUGCUGCCAGCGCACCGCGUCCUGCCUGCUGGCAUGUGGCUACAAGUAGCUGGCGCACUGAUCUCUGCCAGCUGCACUAUCAACAAGGCAACUUGGUUUACUUCAGCUGCAACUGCUUGGGCUACUACGGUUUGUUGCAACAACGUGCGUACCUAAAUGACUUUGCCAGCGAGCUGGCCGGCGCCAGGUUCAAGCAGCCACACUAUGCGCUCUACAUAAGCUGUGCGGUAUUGUUCGUCUGCGCCUGGUUCAACAUUGUUACCUAUAGCAUAUUCUAUAGUCACAUACGCAUAAAUCGCGUGCAGCGUCAUGCUUUGAUCAACAGCUGGCUAGCCUUGGCUACCUUGAGUCUGAGCUUCUGCUUGGGCAUUUAUCAAACUGCAAACUUGGCGCAUUGUCGCCUCAUUGGCUUACUGCUCCAUUAUCUGAGCUUGUGUGUGCUGCUUUGGCUGACGGUUUCGCUCAGCAGCAUGUACAAGCGUUUGACCAAGGCCAGCGCCUUGCCAGCGGCUACGCCACAGGAGCCGAAGCAGCAAAAGCCUAUACUGGGCAUUUAUCUCGUAGGCUGGGGCAUUGCGCUGCUCAUUUGUGGCAUCAGCAGCGCUGUCAACUUGCAUGACUAUGCUGCCUACAGUUUUUGCUUUUUGCACAGCAGCAUUAGCUUGAAUGCGCUUAUUGUGCCAGCCUUGAUCUUAAUCAUAUUUAGCUGCAUUUUAGCGCUUUGCAUUUACUAUCAGCUCAGCCAGCAGGCGGUCUACAUAUUGCAACAGCAGCAGCAGCAACGUUUGUAUGCCGACAACAAUACGCAAGCGACCGAACACAUUGACUUGGAUUGGUUGGAUGCCAGUGGACAAACGCACAAGCAACUGCAGGAGCAGCAAAGUAAUUUGAGUCAUGCCCUCAGCAGCAUAGUGGAUGACUUUGAGCGCUCCAAUAUGUCCCAGCUGCGUGCGCAGCUCUUUUACCUGGCGCUCUUUGUGGCCGCGUGGUGCAGCGCUGCUUGCUUCAUCUAUACACAGCAGCCGCUUUAUCUAACGCUCUUCAGCUGCUGUGCUGUGCUCUUGGCGCUGUUUCUGCUGCUCUACUUCAAUUUGACGCGUCAGGAUGCACGCUCAGUCUGGUCGCAAUCGUCGUCCCAGCACCAGCAGCAGCAGCAGCAACAUUCACAGCGGCUGCUGGCCUUGAGCUACAACAAUACAACAGCUAACAGCGGUGGCGUCGCUGCUUUGCUGAGCAACUCCUAUAAGCCGCCCUCGGCUGGCUCGGCGCGUUCCCAGAGCCAAUGCUCACAUAAGCAGCGCAGCAACAGCGCACGCAGCAUGCGCAGUCAGCCCACGCUGGAGCUCAUCAACAACAAUCCGGCGCAGAGCUUGCCCAGCGUGCAUGCGGACUGCAUACCCAGUGCUGAUCUAUUCUACAAUCCCAAUCAAAUCAAUGUAGCGCGCAAAUUCUUCAAGAAACAAAAGCGCCUGGCCAAGCGCAACAACUUUGAGCUGCAGCGCCAGACCUUGCCACACCAGCAGCAGCUACAGCAGCAGCAGCAGAUCUAUAGCGAUGCCAGCUCGGAGCAACUCUAUGCGCGACAUCACAAUGCCAUGACGCUGCUGGCAGGCGGCUCCAAAGUAAACAACAUCAAUUUGCAUUACAAGCCAACGAAUGGCAACAAUAUUGCCACACCUGCGGCCAGUUGGAGCAAACGCAAGCUGUUGCAAGCAAAUAUAUAUACGAAUAUACCUGAAACAUUGACGCCGCAGCAUGAGAUAAUAAAAUUACGCACGCCGUCGCUUUUAAAUCAAACGCUGCUCGAGGAGGAAGCGGAGCAGGCGCCUGUGCCCAUGGCUGCAUCUGCGGUGGCGGCAGCGGCGGCGGCGGCGGCAGACACUGCUGCUGAGGAGGAUGAAGAAGACUACGCCAGCUCUUUGGAUGAACACGCGCCGCUUUAUGCCAACACCUUGCCGCCCAGCUCGACGCCGCUGCAACAGGCCAAGCCACCCAGCCUGGAAGCUAUGAAUGCAUUGGGCUUGCCCACGCUGCUGAAGAAUGAAAUCUAUGUGUCCAACUCGCUGCAAGUGACCAACAGCAUACGCUUGGAUUUCGAUUUUCCCAGCGUUCUCAUUCGCUGCAGUCAGCAGCAGCAAUCGAAGUCGUUGAACAAUAUUGCAGAUAUAAGCAGCGCUGCUGCGGCGAAUGCUGCCAACAGCAGCUGCGGCAGCGGCGCGCUAACAGCAGCGUUGCUUUAUAGCUGCAGCAGCGACAAUUUAACACAACUGCAGCUGCAGCAGCAACAGCAGCUAAAGGAGCAGCCCUUAGCUGCCGUUGCGGCCGCAGCACAGCUGCCUGUUGAACGCUUCUCGCCCACCAACGAAAGCGAUCUCAAUUACCAACACUCGGAGCUGAGCAUACGGAGUCAUGGUCUCUAUGCGCCACAAGCCGACAACGAUUUGAAUCUCACUUUAACUGAUGACUUCCGUUGCUAUCAAUCCUCGAAUGCCAGCGAAGCGGAUGUCGAUGUUUUGAAUGAAUUCGAUGAUGAGUUUGUUGCCUGCUCACCUAUUGCAACAGCAGAGCACCAACUACAAGCUGCAAGUCCACAACAUCAGCACCAGCAGCAGCAGCAACAACAACAAGAGCUAACAAGUGUUAUGCAUAACUCCAUAGAUGCGCUUUAUGAGGCCAUCAAGUGUCGCAGUCCGCUGAAACGCAACAAAUCGAAAUCACAGCAGUUGAAUGACACCAUGGAGGAGGAUAGCAGUCAGAGCAGCGUCAUCUCUUACAUCGAUCCGCGUGCCCAUCAUCAUCAUAACGAUGACAACAACGUGCACAGCCAUAGUCCUACCAACAAUUAUCCUAGUUAGCCCUUAAGUCAAGCAGCUAGCAUUUUGUAUAUUUAAGUUUUAUCCAUGUCUAUAUUUAUAAAUAGUCAGCGUAACUAUUGUACACUUAGCUUAAGACAAAACUCUACCCCUUUUUAAACAUUUAAGCCAACUAUUUACAAACAAAAACAUAUUUUUUUGAUUUUGUUGUCUGCUUCCAAGUAUUGUA